GCGCGGACGGAGGGAACUGUUCUGAUUGGCUGUGAUUUGUGAUUGAUUAUGUCGCGUCGUGCAGUUGUAUCGGGUUCACUGUAGACAGACAAAUGCUUUUCGGUCGUAACCCUGCGUCGCACCUGGUUCGGACACGGAUUUAGGAUUAGAGGUUAGAAAAAAACAUUAGCUCAAUAUACAAACAACAGAAGUCAAUGGAAAGUCCUCACCUUAGAAAACCAAACGUCAGAGUCUUUGUCAAGAUAGCAACAAAGAGAGCAAGAAGGAGAGGGGAAUCAUAUUUCAUAUUCAAUUUCAACUCCACGCCUUCUGCCCCUAUAUACCAAUAAUGCGGCUUAACUGAAUGCUAACAUUCAAAUGUGAGUUUAUUCACCUUGCAGGCAAAGUUUCAAGGGAACUGCCACGCACCAGAUCUCAGAGGAGUCGCGGCAGGAGUAGAAGAGAAGAAAGGACGCUAACGUUUGCCUCAUCUCUAACGUUACACUUACUUUCGUAAAGGUGGAAGAAGCUGAUGGACGUGAUAUUUAAUGCAGAAAACUGUUCGCUAACCUGCACGGGCAGUUAGAAUGGUCCGGCUUUGUCGAGGAGACGGAGGAACGUUACAUGUGUUGCCCUGCGUAAAGAAGCAGUGUGAAAGAAACCCGAUUUCUAUUGCGCGUAUACUGUAGUUCAACGCAUCUGUAGAAUCGCGCACAUCGGUCAAGUCAUGUCUUUUGAAUUCCGAAUACUGAUGUUUGGAAUCGGGACAGCCCUGGUUAUAUUUGUGAUUAUAGCUGAUAUAUCGGAAGUGGAGGAAGAAAUCGCGAACAUUGAGGAUUCACAGAAGUUUCACAUAAAAAGCUUUGUCCUUCAGUCUAACAGAAAUUCAGUCCUGAAUGCCGUUCCUACUUCACUAGUCACCUAUAAAAAGAGCAAAGUCUCUUCUUCUCUAAUUCCACUGCCAGGCAUAAAGAGCAAAACCAGCAAUUCAUCCUCGCCUGAAUGGACUUUCAACAGAACCUUGACUAACCUCAUCAGAAAAAACAUUUUGAGGUUCCUGGAUGCUGAGAGGGACAUCUCAAUUCUUAAGAGCACCUUUAAACCCGGGGAUGUAAUUCAUUAUAUAUUUGACCGCCAGAGCACCACAAACAUCUCUGAUAACUUGUACCACCUUUUGCCGACGGUGUCUCCAAUGAAGAACCGGCAUUACAAACAAUGUGCCAUCGUAGGGAACUCUGGGAUAUUACUGAAUAGCAGCUGCGGCAGAGAGAUUGAUUCACAUGACUUUGUCAUUAGGUGUAACUUGGCUCCAGUGGAGGAGUAUGCAGCUGAUGUGGGCCUGCGUACCAGUCUGGUGACUAUGAACCCUUCUGUUGUGCAGCGUGCUUUUCAGGACCUGAACAGUGAGGAGUGGGUGCAGCGCUUUGUCCACAGGCUGCAGAGCCUCAGCGGGAGUGUGCUGUGGAUCCCUGCUUUCAUGGCUAAAGGAGGAGAGGAGCGAGUGGAGUGGGCCAUCCGCCUAAUUCUUCUGCAUACUGUGAACGUCCGCACUGCCUUCCCCUCCCUGCGUCUGCUCCAUGCUGUCAGGGGGUACUGGCUGACCAAUCAUGUCCAGAUCAAAAGACCCACCACCGGACUCCUGAUGUACACCAUGGCUACACGCUUUUGUGACGAGAUCCACUUGUACGGCUUCUGGCCUUUCGCUCAUGAUCCUGACGGCAAACCGGUCAAGUACCACUACUACGACACGCUAACUUAUCACUACUCAUCUAGUGCCAGUCCACACACAAUGCCUUUGGAAUUUCGAACUUUAAGUGCCCUUCACAGACGGGGGGCGCUGCGGCUGCACACGGGACCCUGUAAACUUCCAACAUGAGCUUUUGCAGCCUCAUUCCAAAACGGUUUCAUACACUGGACCUUAUACAUGCAGAGAGAAAGAAAUCCUGUGAAAAAGAUGGAUUACCUGAAUAUUUCAGGUAAAUCUCUGACCAAAUGUGAGACUGCAAUAUAUGAACAGAGUUUUUUU